GGCAGGACGAGCCAAAGUUAACUCUGAAUUUCUGUUGUUACUUUUUAUUGUGUAAUUUUUUUUAUUAUUAUUUAGUAUUAGGAGGUUUAUCUCGCUUGACUUCCAUGCUGCUAACUCUUAGCAUUUUGUUCCAUUAUUUUGCAUUUUCUGCGGAUUAUCGUGGUUUUUAAAUGUAGUAUAUUCAUUUUAUUUAUAAAAUGUAGAUUUGACUCGUAUAAACUAUACAGGGUUCUCAUUCCUCCGCUGAACGUAUCGCAUGUCUCCUUAAGCGGACUUAUACUUCCAUAAGUAUGCUGUCACACUUGUUUCUGGGACAAAUAUAGGUUAUUUCAACUAUGUCUCAACGUUUUUAAGUUUUUGUCCGCUCCGCAUACGUUGAAGUUGAAGCUUUGCUAACGAGAAUGAAUAUACUCAAAAAAUGGAUAAUUUUACUGGCUCUGUUGUUCAACAUUUCUCAUGUACUCUCAGAUGAUGAUGAUGAAAAACAAUUCUGUCCGGCAUAUGAUAUUUCUGAAUAUGAAAAAAUCGUCUCAAGAUCCACAUUCUAUAGGAUGUUCGUUUACAUCUUUGGGAUGGACUAUCCAUACCAUCAGUUUAAGCCAAAAACAGAAGAUGAAGAAGUAGAAGAAGAAGAAAGGGUUACAGCAGUAAUAGGUGAACCUGAAGAUGUUGACUACCUAAACAUGAGCGACGCAGAAUUCAAGAAGAUUCUGGACGAUGUAAUAUACAAUUAUCACCCUUCUCAUGGCACAGAGUACAAUGCAGAAUGGGGACAUACAUGUCUCACUGAAGACGGAAAAAUUCCUACAACCAAUGAGGCAAUACAUUUUGAUGUCUUUGAUGGCUAUCUGCCACGUGGACUCAUAUUCCACGACCUGCGCGUUUUAUUCUUAUAUCUUGUCGCUGACGGCUAUUAUCUCUAUAAAGUAAAAUUUGGUGACAUGGUAGUAACUCUGAGACAUGAUCUAGAAGAGGUGUCAGUGCACCUAUUUGAAAAUUUUGGUAAUCUGAUGAUUGUCCGCAUAAUGUUCUAUGUGGACGGAUUGCUGGAAAAGCAUGAAUAUAUAGAAACAGCAAAAAACAGUAAAACCUUCCAAAAAAUGACUGGAAGGAGUAUUACACCACCAUUACCAAAGUUCCCAUCUGGAACGCAGAUUACAGAAAAGGCCGUGAAUGAUUGGAUGAUUGAAAGAUACAAGGAGCUUUCCAAAAAGAAACCACCAAUUGUGGAAGAAAUUAUAAAGUACAAUAUCGUCAUAUCGGAGUGAAAAUCGCACAAAUACGUUGUGACCACAUUUGUCUGGUGCUCUUUUACA